AUGAAUUCGGAAGAGCCAGUCGAUUACUGCCCUUACCGGCAGAACCUUGACUGGAGCCAUGUCCAAACCCAAGACUUCUCCAACGUGAAAUACUUCCAAGCCUCGGAUUCCGAGUUGGAAAAUGACGGCGAUGUAUACGCGAAUGGCGUGACGUAUUCUUCACAACCGGCCCCGACCAGCGGCAAGAAGAGCAAGAAGAAGACCAAAAAGGACAAGAAGGCGGCACAAUACACAUACGACGAACCGCCAUUUGCUCCCCCCGAUAUCCCCGCGCCAGAACCGUCUCAAGAUACCGGCGUCGCCGAAGACGAGUGGCCAACGGCACCCCCUAAGAAGGACAAGAAGAAGAAAAAGAAGAGCAAGAAGGAAGAAACGGCUGCUGCAUCUCCUCCACCCCCUCCACCCCCUCCGCCCGCAGAACCAGAGUCCGAACCCGAACUUGAGCCCGAGCUCGACCCUGAGCCUACUAAGAAGGAAGAGACCGUUGUAGAGGAGAAACCGACAGCUCCAGUCAAGGUGAAGGAGUCUUCGAAAAAGGACAAAAAGGACAAGAAAAAGGACAAGAAAAAGAAGAAGGACAAGAGUGGUAAAGGCACCGAGGCGGAGCCGGUCGAAAGCUCAAAAUCGACACAGUCGCCGUCACCGCCGCUGGCCGAGGAGUUGAAGCCACCAGAGAUGGAAGAACCGGCGACACCGUCCCCAGAGGCGGUCGUGCUGGACACCAAGGACGACAGUCUUUUUGUUGAGCCCCCGGCCGAGUCAGCCUCAGCGGCUGACAGGGGUUUCAACGAGCCCAGCGACGAAAAGAAGAAGGAAGCGGACGUGCUGACUGCCGCCGCCGGAGCUGUUGCGGCCGCGACCGUGGCGGCAACGGCAGCUGCGUUGGCCAACGCCGACAAAGAUGCUGUUGAAACGCCCGCCGAUGUACUGAGUGACGAAAUGGAAGACUCUCCUCCGGGUGGUACCUUGGAUUCCCCCUUCGAUCAACCGGAUUCAACACCAGAGGCAGCCGAGUCCGAGCCCAAGGCUUCUGUUGAUCAAAUCCCUGAAGAAGAACCGACUCGUGAAGCAGAAACAGAAACAACUGCUGCCGAGGCCCAACCGGGCGACAUACCGGUAACUCAGCCUGAUCCCAAAGCCUCAGCCGACGGGCGGGCUGAACAGCCGACGGAUGAAGAGCCAGAAGAUUCAACACCGGCCGAGCCAACUUCGGACAUCAAGCCCGAGGGACCCGCACCCGCAUCCGAAGCAGAUGCGUCGCCGGAAAUUUUGACAGAAGCUCCUCCUGGCGAAAUCCUGGAUGACCCCGCGUCCGCAGAGGCAGCUUCUGAUGUUCUUGUCGAUGCCAAGGACGAAGUUCCGGCUUCCUCCGAAGAGCUGACAAGCGACACUCCGACCAAGCCUGCUGUCGUUGAACCUACGCUUGUCGCAGAGCCCCCGAUCGAUAUCUCGACAGAAUCCAAGCCAGAGAAGCCCGAAGAGUCUGCAUCCGCCGAGGGGGGACCCGGCCAGGUACCGGAUGACACUCCUGCCGAAGCCAAGCCUGACGACACCGCGAAAGCUGAAACUCAACCGGAUGAUCCUGUACCUUCAGAAGAUCAAAUAAUAGCUGAAGCCCCUGCAACCGCCAAGCCAGAAGACGAUGCUUCCGCCGAGAAGCUGGCUGCCGAGAUUGUAGUUGAGACGGCGGCCGAAGAUGUUGCGCCUUUAUCAACGGAAGCGGAGACCUCGGCUGAAGUCGCGCCCGCUGAGACGGCUGCCGAGGCUUCGGAUGAUGCCAAACUGGACGAAGCCGCUAUCACCGACGAGCCCACGAAAGAUUCCGCAGCCGACACCCCCGUCGAGAUCAAUGCAGCAGCGUCGGAAGAUCUUACGGCCGAUGUUCCUUCUGAUGCUCCAGCCGAUGCUCCUGCCGAUGCUCCUGCCGAUGCUUCUACUUAUGCGAAUUCUGAACCUCCAGCUCUUGAUAAAGCAUCAGUAGAGACUGUCCCUGAAGCCGCCGCACCUGAACAGCCAGUGUUGGUGAAGGCAACCGAAGCUGGAGCGAGUGAUACUCCUCUUGCAGAGACGCCAGCGCCGGAGACCCCCACUGAGGCUAAUGUUGAAGAAAUGGCUUCAGCCGAAGCCGAAUCCUCGAUCGAGUCUCCUGAAGACGUGAAGUCCGACGGGACAGCGUCAGCGGAGAUCUCAUCCAGCGAGCUGGUUUCGACCGCCGCAACAUCAGCUGCAUCAGAGGCUGCGCCUGAAGCCACGGAGGAGGGGGCAGCCGAUCCUAAACCGGCAGAAACCAAAUCAUCGAUUGUAGAAGACACUCUCGUUGCUGUCGCUGCUGUUGAAUCAGCACCAGGAGAAGCUGAGGCGACAGAAGCAGCAGGCGAAGACCCGGUUAUAGAGGCCGACUCUACUCCCGUCGUCGAGACAGAGGCCGAAGACGCUCCCAAGGACGAUGCUUCUGGGAUGACAACCUCAGAGCCAGAUGCGUCAGCCCCUGCCGAGAAACAGUCAGAGGUGUCUGCAGAUAAUGAUACGGAGCCUGAAGUGCCAUCAGCAGUUGAACCAGAGGCCUCUCCUGCAACAUUAAGAGAGCCACCCAUAGUUGAUCCUGCUGCUGAGCCACCCGUCGAGAUUGACACUCCUGCCGAGGAUACCGCUUCCACGGGCUUUGUUGAGUCAAAUGAGGACGAGACUGCUUCAGUCAAAGAUAUCGAAGCGGAACCCGAAGUAGCUGUUCCCGAGGCAGUCGUCGACAAAGCCAAGCCUGAAGAUUCCGCCGCUGUCUCAGAGCCAGAAGCACCAGAAGCGGCAGCCCCUACAACAGAUGCGGAAACGUCAACUCCCCAUGAUACUGGCGACAAGAAUGAAGAAUCCGCUACCGUUGCUGAACCAGCUGACGGAUCUGAUACCGCACCGGCCGUGGAGACUUCGCCUGCUAGUGAGCCAGCCAACUCAGAGGACAUUCCUGUUGCCAGCGAAGAAACUGAGAGACUCGUCGAAGUCGCACCUGAACUUGAAGAUGUCACUGAAGCUUCACUUCAACUUGAAAAGACAGACGAGCAGGAGCCUGUUGAAGAAACCGAGCCCGAGACUGAAGCGGAGGCUCCUAACGAGUCUGAAGCCAGGCCUCCCGCGCCAGUUACAGCCGAAGCUGAGGUCGACGCUCCCAGGGCCGCAGAAACAGAGUCGCCGCCAGCCGCCGCCGCCGAUACUCCUGAGCCAGCAGACCCCGAUGUUGCCAAGACCAAAGAUGCCGAGGCCCCUAAGACCGAUAUUUCAGAGUCCAAGGAGGAGCCUAUCGUCCCACAAGAACAGGAAACACCACCUGCGGCUGAAGUCGAAUCGGAUGCAGUCAAGGCAGAAGGCUCCCAAGCGACCCAGGAAGAGCCAGAUGUUCCCAAGGAGGCCGAGGCUGAAGCCACGGAAGAUGCUGUUCCCGAAGCAGAGACUGCUCCAGCUGACGAUGUCUCGCCCGAGCCCGUACAGGCUUCUGCCCCCGAAGUUGCGACCGAAGCUGAGUCUGCAGUUGUUGCAGAUGUUGGCGCCAAAGAAGUGCCUGCAACGGAACCCGCGGUGGAGGUCCAAGAUUCCCUAAAGACGGCACCAGAGAGUCAAACUGAGGCCCCUAAGGAAGAUGAGGCCGAGGCUGAGGCUGUGACCGAAGUCGAAGCAGAUGCUCCUCAGGUGAUUGAAGCUGAGCCCGCUGCCGAGCCUGUUGGUGAGCCUGCUGCCGAGCCUGCUGCCGAGCCUGCUGCCGAGCCUGCUGCCGAGCCUACCGCUGAGCCCGCCGCCGAACCUGCAACUGAACUUGCCGCCGAACCUGCCGCUGAACCUACCGCUGCGGAGCCUGAGCCCGGAGCCAUUCCAGAUGUAGGGGUCGAAGCGACUAAGGCCGAGCCCGAUGCACCAAAGGAGGCCGAGACUAAAUCCUCUGCGCGGGAAGGAAUCACAGCCCUAGAGCCUGCUUCUGUAGAAACGCCUGCAGAUUCAGUCGUCGCAGACGAUACGGUUGUCUCGACAGAAGGUAUGGACGCUUACGGAAUCAUCAGUGACGGCAAAGAAUUCAACUUCACCAUGGAAAUACUCUCCCCAAGGAUCAAGGAUACUAAAAAAAACAUAGAACCAGCAACUGAAAUCGAAGAGACGCCCGAGGAAGUCAAUGUCGAAGAGCCAUCCCCUGAUCCUGCCACAGAGGAGCCCAGUACCGCCGCCGACGAGGUCAAAGAUGAGCCAGAAGCGGAUACGGAAACCCUUGCUCCAGCACCCGCGUAUACAACCGAACCUGAUGCGAGUCCCGAUGAGGUUAAUGCUGAAGCUGCCGAGACCGAUGCCAUUGCCGAGCCACAGGAAUCUGCCACAACUGCCGACGAAGCCAAGGACCUCGAGAAGGAAGCCGCCGCCGAGACUCCCGCACCCGAGACUACUCCCGCACCCGAGACUGCUCUCGCCCCCGAGGACAUGAAGACCACCGAUCCCGAGCCAGAAUCAGAGGCUGCCUUUGAGACCAAAGAAAAAGAAUCAGAGCCAGUCACUGUAGCCCUGGACCCAAAGCCUGAGCCCGCCGCAGGAACGGUCACCGAACCGACACCAGAAACCAGGGACGCUGAGCCUAAUGCGGAUCCUGGCCUGGAAGCCAACGACCCCGAGCCAGAACCAGCAUCUGACGCGCAACCCACAGAGCAAUUGACUGAGUCAAAUGCGGAGCCCGAGCCCUCAGUCGAGACCCCUGCUCCUGUUACGGAGGAACCCGAGGCGAAGGCUGAAGAUCCUAAAGCAGAGCCAGCUUCAACUGCAGAAGCUAUCGAUUCGGUUCUCGUGGCUGAUGUCAAGGAUACAGAACCGGAACCAGAGACAGAAGCUGCCUCGGAUUCCAAAGAGCCCGAGAUUGAGGUUCAGCCUGAGGCCAGGGCCGAAGCCGGCGACCCUGAGCCGGAGUCUGAAGCAUCAGGAACUGUUCCUGAUGUCAAAAAUGAGACCUCAGAAGCAGCGGAUGCCUCUGUGGAAGCUGGCAUCAAGGAACCGGAAACACAACCGGAAGCCGACGCUGCUUUGGAAGCUAAAGAGCCCGGGGCAGAGGCCACGACUGAAGCUGAGGCCAAGGAGCCUGAGCCUGAACCACCAGCAGAUGUUCACGAAGCCGCAGCCGAGUUGCCUGAAGCGGUUCCCAUUGUUGAAGAGGCCAAAGAACUCAAGGCUGAUUCAAUCCCCGAGUCAAAGGAACCUGAACCUCAAGCUGCCCCUGAGACUAAGGAGGUCGAGCCUGCUCCUGAAGCCGAAGACUCUGGGCCCACUCCAGAGUCUAAAGAUCCUGAGCCUGAGAUCGAAGCACUCGAGAAGACAGAUAUGAAGGAACCAGAGACUGAGCCAGAGGCGACGGCAGAGGAGACAAGGACUGCUGAGGCAGAGUUGAACGCCGAGCCCAGUGACCCGAAAUCUGCUGCCGAGGUCGAAACAGCCCCGGAGAAGCAACCCGAGCCUGAAGCUGAGGCAGCUCCUGAAAAAGACACUCAAGAAUCUGAACCGGAACCUACAUCAGCGGCAGACGCGGUCGAAUCUGCUGCUGCUGCUGAGGCGACGGAUCCCGAGCCUGAGGUUGAGGCACCUCCUGCAGCAAUUGUCAAAGCAUCUGAUCCAGAACCUACACCAGCGGUAGAGACGGUCGAAGUUCAAGACUCUGAACCUGCCCCUGAGGCUACUAUCGAAGAGGAAGUCAAUGAGCUGGAGCCGGAGCCAGUUUCUGCCGAGGAAGUUUCUCAACUAAACUCCGAGGGGCUCAUUGCGGAAGCCGAUAUAGCUCCUGAAGCCAACGAUGCCGCUCCCGAGCCCGAGGCGGCCCCUGAGGCAGAGACCAAAGAAUCGGAGCCCCCUUCUUCAGAUGUUGACAUGGUUGAAGACACUCCCAACAUUAAGACCCUAGAGGCAGAAGCCCCGGCACCUAACGAAGACGACAAAGAGUCAGUGCCUGCUCCCGAGGAAGCCAUCGUAGAUGGAUCCAAAGAUCCAGAGCCCCUGACCGAAACUUCCGAUGAGGCAAAUGAAGCUAAUGCCGAAUCCGCCCCUCAUGCUGUUACUGAAGAGACCGUUCCCGAGGCUGCGGAAGCACCGGUUGAUGCUCCUGUUCCAGCUGCGGUGGCAGAACCCGUCCUGGAAGCCAAAGGGCCGGAGUCGGAGCCGGAGACUGAGCCAACUGCCGAAGAUACCAAGGAAGCAGAUCUUGUUGAAGAAGUUGCGGAGGCAGAAGAAGCUGCUGUAGUUGAGGAGACUUCGACACUAGAGCCUCCAUCUGCCGAGGAGGCAGCACCCACCGACCCAACACCUGCUGAGCCUGGAGCUACUGUCGCCCUUGAAGCUCCCACAGAUCCAACACCUGCUGAGCCAGAAGCUUCCACUGAGCCAGAAGUGUCUGCUGAAACUGAAGUGACUGCUGUCCAGUCUGAAGCUCCAGUUGAGCCUCAACCACCGGCUGAGGCAACGGCACCCGCAACGGAAGGGGAGCAAACAAGAUCCCUUGAUAUCGAUGAGAGCAAGGACACGGUAGGACCAAUUGCCUCUGAUGCGAGAGGUGCAGAGAAAUCAGGUGAGAACUCCCUUCCUUCCCCUAAUUCCGAAUACCCGGAUGGAGAUAUACGGGAGGGACAGGGUGUCCAAGACCCUGAGGUUCCGUACGAAAACGACCAUGUCGACUACCCGGAGUCGGAAACCCCAGCACUCGACGCGGACGACACACCAGAUCCGGAUUCCGAGGACCCUGCCGAAGAAGUUGAGGCGGCGCCGGUUCCCAUUGAUUCUGCCAAAGAGGAUUCUCUCUCCGAUCCGCACGCAGCAGAGGAAGAUCCAACCCCUGCUGCUGUUGAAGAGCCUGCCGCCGUCCAAGAUCUCGUCAUCGAGGAUUCUACCGCCGAAGAGCCUACUGCCGAAGAGCCUACUGCCGAAGAGCCUACUGCCGAAGAGCCUACUGCCGAAGAGCCUACUGCCGAAGAGCCUACUGCCGAAGAGCCUACUGCUGAAGCGACUGAAGAACAAGCGGUCGAAGAAGCUCCUGUCGAAGAAUCUGUCGAAGAUCCUGUCGAAGAUCCUGUCUCUGAAGAUCCUGUCAUCGAGGCGCCAGCUGAACCGACUGUUGAGGAGGCGACGCCUUCUGUUGGUGAAGAAUCACCAUCUCCUGAAUUGUCCCAGCCCGACGAGCCGGAGGCGCCAUCCCAUGACACCACAGAAUCUGCUAUAGAGGAUGUACCGGUUGAAGCAUCUUGCAUUGACACGGCAGCUGAGGAGCUCAUUUCCGACGACAACAACGCGCAAGCUGAAGUCAACGAGUCAACUUCUGGAGAGCCUCAAGCAGAGUCGUCGCUGGAUGAGGAAUCUGUACCGGCAGAUACUUCAGUAGAUGGACCAUCACCAGCAGAAGAUGAAGCGACAAAGGAAGCAGUAUCCGAAGAUCCCUCCGCAGUAGAAGCUCCAACCUCAGAGCCCGUGAUCGAAGAGCCACCCACCGAAGCACCUGUCUCUGAAGACGUCCCUGUAGACUCCUCUGCUCCUGAUUCAGCCUCUGAUGAGACAGCGGCUGAAGAAGCUGUGACUGAAGAGGUCAUCGCCAUUGAAGAUCUUUCCGUUUCGGAGGUAGUUGUUGCUUCCGAAGAACAUUCUGCGGAGACAAUAUCGGCGACGGCUGCUGCGGACAAUCUUUCUCGGGAACCUCCUGAGGAUGAUGUCUCUGAGGAUGCCGUGCCGGCUGAGACAAUGGAGCAAGAAGAAGACGAACCUAUGGCAAAUUUGGCCAAACAAACGGAGGUGGAUGUGGAAACUACACCUGAUGCAGUGCCAGAAGAUUCCGUGCCCGCAGAGACCGCUACAGACGAGGUCGUUUGCGAAGAACCAACGAUAAAUGCGGCUGCUUCAGAAGACCCGAUGGCAUUGUCCGAGUCUAUUUCUGAAGAACCGCCAGCUGAGAGUCAGGCUCUGGAGAACACUGCCAUAGAUUCUGAGCCUGCCGACUUCGUCGCCGAGUCUGUACUUGAAGGGUCUUCAGAGGUUGCUUCAGCCGCCCCUGAGGAGGCUAGUUCCGAAAAUCUUUCCACGGUCGAUGAGACAGCCCCUAAAGGCGCUACACAGACAGAUCCAACAGACGAAGAGGUUGCAAAGGAGGCCGAUCUCGAAGAAUCGGCGCCAGCGGAAACCGUAGCCGACACACCUGCAGAGGAAGCGCAGCCCAAAGAACUUUCGGCCGAAGGUGAAUCGCCUCUUGAAGAGUCACCAGUAACACAGCCUGUCAACGCGGAAGCAACGGAAGAAUCGUCAAUAGAGGACGCUUCUUCAAACUUGGAGACACACGAGACUUCUCCUAAGCUGCCGUCACCAACGUCAGAGGAAACCACCGUACCUCCUGACACUGGUUCCACUGACAAUGACACACUUGCUGUCGGAGCGACCGCCACCGGUGUUGCUGUUCUGGGGGGACUAGUUGCCGCCGACAUUGCUAGCGACUCGGUUGACGAUGAAACUGCCAACGGUGCCCCCAGAUUUAGUGCCGCAGAUACUAUCUCGCGACGAAGCUCAUCGGAUAAGUUGACUCAGACUCUUGGGAUCGCUCUAGUUCCUACAAGAGCCGCCACGGAUGUGCAGAAAGACUUGGAUGUGGAUUCCAACUUCAGCCCCGUACAGAGAGAAGGCUUCUCGGACUCUGGAACGCAAACAGACAGCUCAGUCUGGGGUCUUCGGCCGUCCACGCCCGCUGUGGUUCUUCCCGAGCUUUCCAUGUCGCCAGCGGCAAAGCAAAGAGCAAAGGUUCUGAGACGUCAGCGCAGGAUGGCCAUCAAGCAAGCCGAAGAACUCGUAGCGACUGCUGUGAUAUUCUAUGCCACGGCGGAGGCUCUCCGCUCAAUGACAGGCCCUUUACCGGAGAACAGCGCCCAGGUCAUCAAGGCCAUGCCUAGCUGGGAACAACCAGUCCAGAUCAAACGGAAAAGGACCUUCUUCUCGAGGGUUCUCCCCGGCCUUCUUUCCAGACGCAGGAGUACUACCACUACAGGAGCGGACAAACCAAGCAGAAUUGAUACUGACUGUUUUGUAGAAAACAAGGAUGCAGAGGCUCGCGAAAAGCAUAGGCGACGCCGUCACUCUUCCACUCACCAAUCUUCAUCGUAUUCCAGUCGCAGCCGAGGCGAGGACGAAGGCAGAGACGGCAGCAGACGGCACUCGCAUCACUCACACCAGUCGAGCCGGCGACACCGCACGGAUAGCGAACGAUCUCUCCGGUCCGGCGACUCUGCCCCUCGCACCCCAACAGGACCACCAAAGAGACAAGACAGCGGGUUUUCUGAAAGCCCACAAACCGUGUCACAGCGAAAGCAUCGCAGCGAGCGUAGCGACCGCAGCGAGAGGACUGAGAGGAGCGAGCGUAGCAGUCGUACCGAGCGCACGCCUGAAGAGCAAGCUGCCCACGAUCGCCGCAAGGAAGAGCGCAGGCUUGCGCGGGAGAAGGACAGGGAGCGCGAACGUGAAGUUGCCCAACGGGAUCGAGACCGUGAACGGGACCGCGACCGCGAAAGGCGCCGUGAUAGGGAGCGCGAGCGUGAGCGUGAGCGCCAGCGUGAACUAGACCGUGAAGCCGAGGAAAUGGAGCGAUCACGUCGCAAGGGCAAGGAGCCUGAAGUCAUUACCAAGCCGGAUGAGGCCGGAGACCGCAGCCAUCGCCGCUCACGCCGGCACAGUACCGCAGAGCACCAUCGUCCGGAGCGUACACUCAGCAAGAGAGAGCCCAGAGACCCAUCACCGGAAAAGUCCAAGAAGUUCUUCAGCGUCAGGAAUCCAGAAGGUACGGUUGAAGCUAAAACUCUUCCCCGGGAUCCUCCUCCUCCCCCAGCAGCCAAGGACGACAUACCGAUGGAUGACGACGCAGAUCAACAACAAGAAGCAGCUGGUUCUCGUGGCAUUCUCAAGCGAUCCAGCACAACGCGCGAUAAGCACAGCCAUAGACACGGUCAUACCCGUCGGUCCGAGGACGUGGGAAGGUCUAGCAAGUUGCAAAAGGCACGCGAGCAAGUUGCCGAAGAAGCAUCGCGCCAGGCGACCGAGAAGCCCAGAUCGAAGCAUUCGGACGAUUCCCGGAGACGCGCGCGCGAAGAGGAGAGAAGAAGGACAAGAGAUGUCGAGAAGGAUAGGGGGAGGGAGAGGGAGAGGGAGAGAGAGAAGGAGAAGGAGAAGUCGAGCGGGAUCAAGGGCAUGUUUAAGCGGCUGUUCAACUGA